AGCACCUCCGUCCGCACUUCCCCACUCCUUAGCUUUCAUCAAUAACUUUAUAAGGCAAGCGAGAGCCUAUGAUUCCAGAUUAUUAUUUCUCUCUUUCUUUCUUUAAUCUCAAGUCUCAACUGUAUAGUUUCCAAGGACUCUCUGCUCUGUGUCGUUCGUUCAUUCAUAUGGCGGAGUCUUCAGCUCUCUGCUUCUCCUCCACCUUCCUCCGUUCCUUCUCAUCCGGAGAUACUGUCUCUGCAGCAUCAACAACCACCCCGAGAAUAUUAUCUUCCUUAUUACUCCCUUCUUCUUUUUCUUCUCUCCACAAGUUUUCAUUGAUUCAUCGGAGACAAUCCCCCCGUCUCCUCCGAUGUGCUGCUAAAGAUAAUGGUGCUGGAGACUUCCUCGGAGAUGAUUCCUUCGGGUUCUAUCCCUGGCAAUCUCCCAUUACUGAUGCAAAUGAUGGCUCUGCUAUUCAGUGGGUACCUGAGGAUAGAGUCACACUUUUUACUACUGAUGGACUAGUUCAAAUAGGAGGUUCCAUGGUCCCUCGCCGUAUUGCAUCUUCAGAUAAGAAACAGGGUAGAUUGAAGACUUCCCAAAGAUUACAACAUUUUCAGGAGAGUGAAUACAUGGAUCCCAAUCAGGGAUUGUGUUUGGGCGCACUCUUUGAUAUUGCAGCAACAAAUGGACUUGAUAUGGGCAGAAGACUCUGUAUCUUUGGCUUCUGUCGUUCCAUUGAGAUGCUGAGUGAUGUUGUGGAAGACACAGUCUUGGAGCAUGGUGGAGAGGUUGUAGCUGCAGAGAAGGCUAGCAAAGGAGGUUUGCAUGAAAAGCUUACCAUGACUGUAGCUGUGCCACUUCUGUGGGGUGUCCCUCCUGCUUCUGAGACACUCCACCUUGCUGUUCGUAGUGGUGGAGGAAUUGUGGAAAAGGUCUAUUGGCAGUGGGACUUUUUGUAAUGGAAUAGAGAGAUGCUGUAUGUAUUUGUACAUAAUUUGUUGUAACUUCUCUGUACAAAAUGCUGAAGUUGUAUCUAGCUUCGCAGCUGGUGUAUCGAUGGAUGCUAAUACAUUCUUGAUUUAUCGUCGACUUCGUUAACCUCA